AAUAAAUCCGCAAAAGGCAAAAAAAGUUUUCACUCAGACGCCAUUAUUUCCCAUGUGGUAACUGACUGACUGAAGGAACGAUUAUCAAUAUGAAAACUGAUCACAACAAGAACUUGACUCAAAAAAAAAUGAACAAGAAUAAAUUACUGGAUUUCAUCAAUAGUGACAUCAUCGGUCGUGACGUAACGUUUCACGGACCCUUUGGUCCACGGCAAAUACUGUAUUGUGACUACGUAGCUUCAGGAAAAGCUCUGAAAUCAAUUGAAAAUUACAUACAGACCGUAGUUUUGCCAAUGUAUGGUAAUACCCACACAACGACCACAGUUACGUCAUCACAAACUACGUCAUUCAGAAGAGAAGCAAAAGAAAUUAUCCGACAAGCCGUUGGCGCAUCGGAUGAUGAUGUUGUCAUAUUUACUGGAAGUGGAGUAACUGGUGCUGUACACAAGUUGAUUUCAGUUUUGAAUUUAACCAAACCUCCUGUGAUAUUCUGUGGACCUUUCGAACACCAUUCCAAUCUCUUACCAUGGAGAGAAAUGGGGGACAAUGUUACAGUCGUCAAUAUCAGUGAAACUGCAGAAGGAAAAGUUAACUUGAAGCAUUUAGAAAUUGCUCUGAAAUUGUGGAAAGACACAGGUAGACCGAUGAUAGGAACAUUUUCUGCAGCUUCAAAUAUUACAGGUAUAACAACCGACACACAAAAAGUUUCUGCAUUGCUACACAAAUACAACGCCCUGUCACUGUGGGACUAUGCAACAGCUGGUCCAUACAUGGAUAUAAACAUGCAUCCAAGGUCAUUAGAUGGAAACAAUGCUUCAAAAGACGCAGUGUUUAUAUCGAUGCAUAAGUUUGUUGGCAGCCCGGAUGCUCCAGGACUGCUCAUCGCAUCUAAACGACUUUUCAGUAAUCAAAAUAAAGCGCCGUCAGGAUGUGGAGGUGGAACAGUAUCAUUCGUUACUCAAGAUCACCAGCAUUAUUUACAUGAUAUUGAAGUCCGAGAAGAAGGUGGAACGCCCGCUAUAGUGGGAUCUAUAAGAGCUGGAAUCGCAUUCAAAUUGAAAGAGACCGUGGGAAGCGAAUCAAUAAUGUCACGAGAGAACGAAUUAUAUAAAAAAGCAAUAAAUGAAUGGAACGAUAUUCCUGAAAUAGAAAUAUUGGGAAUGCUUGAUUCAACUGCUGAGCCGCAGGAGCACAAACUUGCUGUUUUUUCUUUCCUUAUUCGACAAGUUGAUUCUGGAUUAUACUUACAUUACAACUUUGUGACUGCGCUACUCAAUGACCUAUUUGGAAUACAGUCUCGAGGAGGAUGCGGUUGUGCAGGAGUAUAUGCUCUCAACCUUCUUGGAAUAAAUAAAACUAUCAGCGACAAAUUUGAGAAGAUUCUUGUCCCAGAUUUAAAAAAAUCAAAAAACGGGGAAAAGGGUGUAUCCUCGGAUAGAACGGAACUUGAAAUACUACGCCCUGGCUUUACCAGAUUGAAUUUUGCUUAUUUUAUGUCUGACGAAGACGCGGAUUAUGUCAUCAAAGCAGUGACAAUGAUUGCAAAACAUGGAUGGCUGCUGCUCCCAAGUUACAAAUAUGAUGCUUACACGGGGGAAUGGCAUCACAUCGGACACAAAAAGGGAAAUGGACUGAAAUAUAUGGCUGACGUCGAUUUGGAGGAGGGAGGCGCAUGUCGCGACGAGGAAAAAUUGAGAGAUUUUGAUAUUGAUAUUAAUGACUUGCCUUCCUCACGUGCAGAAUGUCUUGCUGAAGCGGAAACAAUAAUGCUAAAUGCUAAAGAGGUCAACGUGAUUAAAAACGAAUCAGCAGAAAAUACGAGCUUAAUCCAGACUCAUGAAUUACGAUGGUUUCUUCUUCCACGCGAAGCUGAGGAUGUUUUGGAGGGAGAGGCAAUAAAAAUUGAAAAAUCCAAAAUGUCUAUAGCAGUGAGAAGAAACAUACAGGAGUUAACAAACGAAGACAUAACGCUUGAAGUAACCAAUAAUUUGGACGUUCUACGAAUUGAAAAACAAAAUAAAAUACUGAAUGCAAUUGCAACUAGCAAUGUUCGUAACACACUAAGACGAACAAAAAAAGUGAAAAAUAAUAAAGAAAUCAAGAAACCUCUUGAAAGAAAAAUCACACUGACAGAAAACGACUUAUCAAGAGCUACUCACAUAACUAAGAAAAAGGGACAUUUCUGGAAUACAUUGAUGUGCAAAAGCACAAGAUCAGUUAAAGUCGCAACACAAAACAAACCUACAUGAUAUAAUCUAAAUGUGGUUAUUAAAUUAAUCUUAUAUCAAUCACUGUACAAAUUUUGAAUUUUGCUAUUCCUAAGAUAACUCAAAAUAUAGCAAAACAAUAUUGAACUAUUUUCGUGCAAAGUUAUAGAAGUAUCAUCAUGCUUCGGGAUAUUUUAAAUAUUGCGAUGUAAAUAAAAUUGUAUUUAAAAUGUAUAUUCUGCGUUAUUUUGACAAAUUAAAGAGAUUUUGUAUAACUUUGAAUUCGACAAAGAAAGCAACAGACUGUAGAAUAGGGAUCCUAGUUGGCCAAGAGGCAAUGAAAACAUGCUAUAAAUAUACAGUUAAUGAUAUGCAUAUACAGCCUAUAAAUACCUUCGCGUACACAGCCAACCCGAUCAAUAUAUAGCCAAUCAACUGACAUGCAUGUACUACCACGUAUUUGACGCCUGGCAAUAUACAUCAAUCUUUCUAACGAGAAGAUCGGUCGGAGACCGAAGACUUAUCGAUCGAAGGUUAGGGGAUCCCUCAAA